AUGGCAAGACAACAGUCGAAGCCCGCGCCUGAAAUGGCUCUAUCCUCUGCCCUGUCCGCACCAUGGGGCUUUCUCCGACCCACCGACGACCUACACACCACCGUCGUGGACUCCGCAAAGCACAUCCUAGACUCCCUCGCUGGUUCCGUCGUGGAUGCUCAAACCACCCGUCGCCAAAUCAACAAGAAGCGCAAGAGAUCCGACCUGGAAUCAGACCAAAUUACCCAGCUGCAACUGAAGAAUCUGUAUGUGGAAGGCUUCACCUCCAACCAAAUAUGGGAACAGGCAAUCCGGAUUCUCGAGUCCACAGGCGAAGAGGUUGAGCGGGAUAUUACUUUGAUCGCUCAGCACAGUGGCUAUAUGGACCAGGAGGGCUCUGAACUCGAGGAUGCGUCAGACCCCGAGCUUGCACAGUCCGAUAGCGACAGCCAGGAGGGUAUGGAGGAUCUCUCCGAGGGUCCGGGCCUGGAAGAUGACGCCGAAGAAGAAUCUGACGCCGAGUCUGAUCUGGAGGGCGAGCCUCUCGAGGGAGAGGACAUCGAAGACGAAGACAUGGAGGAUUGGGACGAGGAGAAUUCUAUGGCCGAGGAGGAAGAAGCGCCUGAGACUUUCGUUGAGGAUAAAUUUGGACUCAACGACGGGUUCUUCUCCAUCGAUGAUUUCAACAAGCAGUCCGAAGCGCUCGAAAGACAAGAUGUCAAGGGCGGACCCGAGGAAGGGGAAGACAGUGAUGAAGAGGAAUUGGACUGGCACACAAACCCAUUGGUGGCUGGAAAUGCCGCCCCCGUCAACGACCAAAAAGCAUCAAAGAAUCGCGCAACGGAGGAAGACGACGAGAUGGAUGAUAGCGAGGAGGAAGGACCUACCUUCGGUAAUGUCGACCUCAACGCCGACUCCGACUCCGACAACGAAGACGCCGAUGAUCUUGCCGAGGAGGCUGCUGGCUGGGUCAACACGAGUGAUAUCAAAUACGCCGACUUCUUCGCCCCUCCACCUCGCAAGCCCUCAAACAAGAAGGCGCGUGCCCUCCCGAAAACCCAGCCUGAUGCGGCACCGGUUGACGAUGCCGAUGUCAACCGUGCCAUGGAUGACGUUCGACGAGACUUGUUCGAUGACGAAGAUAACUCAGCCGAAGAAGACGGUGACGAUAUGGACGAAUCAACCGAUGCUGGUCCCAAGUCUUCGCAUGAGAAGCAGAGGGCCCGUAUUGCCGAUGAAAUCCGUCGACUGGAGGCAGCGAACGUCGCGAAAAAGGAAUGGAUGGUUGCUGGUGAAGCCAGAGCCGUCCAGAGACCUGUGAACUCUCUCAUCGAAGAAGACCUUGACUUUGAGCGGAUUGGAAAGCCAGUUCCCGUUGUCACCAAUGAGACCAGUGAGGACAUCGAGGAAUUGGUCAAGCGCCGCAUCCUUGCCAUGGAGUUUGACGAGGUCAUCCGCCGUCGACCAGGUUCUGAGACCCAGCAAGCCGGAAGAAAGCCCCGAUUUGAACUGGAUGAUACAAAGGCCCAGCAAGGUCUAGCCGAGAUGUACGAAACAGAACAUCUCAAGGCUAACGAUCCCAACUUCGUCGAUACCAAGGACCGCAAAUUGAUGCGGGAGCACGCCGAGAUCACCAGUCUAUGGAACGACGUCAGCGCUCAAUUGGAUACGCUAUGUAACUGGCACUACAAGCCUAAGAUUGCCCAGGCCAGCAUCAACGUUGUCACCGAUGCGCCAACCAUCAUGAUGGAAGAGGCACGCCCCACCGCUGGCGGUGCUGCUGGUGGGCCUGUGGGACUGGCUCCUCAGGAGAUCUAUGCCCCCGGUGAUGAUGGCAAGGUUGGAGGAGAGGUGGUCCUCAAGAACGGUGCAUCCAUCUCCAAGGAGGAGAUGUCCCGUGAAGAAAAGGCCAAGAACCGCCGCCAGAGCAAGAAGACUCAAAAGAAGGCCAACGCCGAUCCAUCCAAACAAAAGUCCGGCAAGGCGGCCGAGAAACAAGAGAUGAUGUCGGAUCUGAAGAAGGGAGGAGUCAAGGUCAUUGACAAGGAGGGCCGUGUCACCGAUAUCAACGGUGAUGCCGUCAAAGCGGGUAGUCAAAACAGAGGCGACAAUCUGAAGCUGUGA